GCUUGGCAGGAGGAAGGCGGCGUCGGCUGAGGGGAUGACAGCGGCGGCGCUUCGGGGGUCCUGAGGCGGCCUGUGGCCAUGGGGCUGGGCUCCAGCUCCGAGGUGCCCGACGGGGGCUCCGAGGGUUAUCAUGUGCACGGGGUUCAGGAAAACUCUCCUGCUCAGCAGGCUGGAUUGGAUCCAUUCUUCGAUUUCAUCCUCACAAUAGGACACACUAGAUUGAAUAAAGAAGGCGACACUUUAAAAGAUCUCCUAAAAGCCAAUGUGGAGAAGCCUGUGAAACUGGAGGUCUACAACAUCAAGACGAUGAAAGUGCGCGAGGUGGAGGUGAUCCCCAGCAAUAUGUGGGGCGGGCAGGGCCUCCUGGGAGCCAGCGUGAGGUUCUGCAGUUUCCAAGGAGCCAAUGAACAUGUGUGGCAUGUGCUGGAUGUGGAACCAGCUUCCCCGGCAGCACUAGCUGGCCUGCAGCCACACACAGACUACAUUGUGGGAUCAGACCAGAUACUCCAGGAGUCAGAGGAUUUCUUCUCACUGAUUGAAUCCCACGAGGGGAAGCCUUUGAAGCUGAUGGUUUAUAAUAUGGAAACAGAUUGCUGUCGAGAGGUUUUUGUGACCCCCAACGGAGCCUGGGGUGGAGAAGGAAGUUUAGGGUGUGGCAUCGGAUAUGGCUAUUUGCACAGGAUUCCAAUGCAGCCUGCUGUACCAAAGAAAAAAUCCGACGCCGGGCCCCCUUCUCCUUUGCCGUCGGGAGAUGUGCCUCUUGAGCCCCCUACUAAUGGCUAUACGGAGACACCACUCCUAGCACCUGACUCCCAAAGUGAAGACCCUGCAAGUCUGUCUUACAGCACAGAUCAAAGCGGGCCCAUGUAUUCAGCAGAAAAUUCUCUUCACCCUCCUCCUCCUGUCCAAAGAGUCAUGGAUCCAGGCUUUAUAGAUAUGUCUGAUGCCUCCUUUCCUGAAUUAAUUGACUUGGCGAAAGCAGUCAACGUGCCUUCCUCUGCUUCUCUCAACGUGUCGACUGACUCUGUGGCAGCAACAGAGGACUUGCUAACAAACAGCGCAGCUGAUUCAUCGUUCAACCAAGCUACUAUUCCAGUCCCAGAAAAUGCGAAACCUUCUCCGGACAGUUUGUGCCCUCAGCCAAUGCUGGAUAAACAGAUGCCUUCACUUUCUCCCUUGCCACCUCUUCCCAUGGAUAUUUCUGAAAAUGCAACAUCCAAACCAGAUUCCGACGCUCAAGAACCUGUUCUGCAUUCAGAUGCAACGGAGAGCCUCGUAUUGCCCACGCAUGAAAAUGCAAGUGACGAAGAGGCACAGGAACUCUGAAACUCUCCAGAGCGAGCCCUCCUUCCCACUACUUUGCAGCUUGCCCUGUGCUUUGAUGCUUGGAGACAAUUGCUGCGUCACAGGAAUUCAGGCUCCUUCCUCCACACCCAUUGGUCUGUCAGUUGUCGGCUACAACGUUUGAACAUCUCUGCAGCUGCUGCUCUGUGGUAAUAGAAUUUGACUUGUGAGCGUCCCUAAAAGUCCACUAUUUGAAGUAUAUGGAGCAAACAAGCUUAGAAAGCUGACUUCAGAGGGCAGAACUUGCUAGCCAUCAGUGAGCUGCCAGCUUAAUUGCUUGUUUCCUUUGUAAAAGGCAUUUCUGAUGCCUAAAACAUCAAAAGCAUUUCAAAGAUAUAAUAAUUUAAGCAAUAAUUCUUGAAGCACCAUGGUUGUCCCAGCACAUUCUGUGGGAAGGCAGAAACGACUCAUUAAAACAUACUAUUUUUUAUUACAUUGACAUCUAAUGCUCAGAUCCAGUCUGCUGCAUCUGGAGUGACUAGUAUAGGGCCCAGUAACCUGAUACAGCUGACCCUCUCUGUCCACUUGGCACAAGUUAUUCAAGUAACUUGUAUUUCAGCAAAAGGAGGCUAACUGGCUUGUAAAAAUCUUUUCAAUUCACAGCGGCCGGGGCAUUAACUGUGUUUAUGCUUGUAUACAUGGAAAAGGCAGAAAAUAGGUGCUAUGGCUCAAGUAGAUUGGAUCAGGCCCUCGGGUGGAUUCUGGUUUUUAAACUUCAAUGGCUAUUCUCCCGUUCAUCUGGAAAUGAUUUUUUUUUCUUUGUAGCUUUCUUGGAAGAGCAGUUCAGAGGUAAAAAUACUGUAAAUUGGAAUUCUGUAUCUGGCUUUUUAAAAUUGGGAUUCGAUUUUGGGAAAUGUUCUCCUAGGUCUCUACACAUAUUUAAGUUUGGUACUAUUGAUCACAUGAACUGUGAAGUUAAUCUCAACUUCUCUUUUAAAUGAAAUGGGUGUUGGCUUCAGCUGUGAGACUUUGCAAACAAAUAGGCAAGGGAAGCCAUUUGCGUUUGGGCUUUAGCCCUUCAAAUCCAGCCCUAUGCAGCUUCAGCAUGAAUAACAGAAAUGAUUGUGAUAACAACUUUAGCAAGCUCCAAGUGGUAUCUCUUGGAAGGAUUUUUAAUGAAUUAUUUUUGAUCUUCUGGUACUUUUCUUGGAACACUGGAAAUAAAUCUUUUAAAAGAAUUAUGCUUUUAUAGAAUGUUUUUAAGCUAAGAUACCCUCAAGCAUCUGUCUGAUGGGAAUCACAUUCUUCAAACACCUUUUAUUACAAAUUUGUAUAAGUGAAGCCUGAACUGUAUGUUAAACUUCCUUACAGCUACUCCUUAUUGGCGGCAAUACCAUUGGGCUGACAUAUAUAUUGGUAUAUAAUAUGCUCAAGGUUGCAGCUAGAGAUGGGCAUGAUCCGCAUUACGAACGUCAAAAACCCACGAAAAUGGCGAUCGUGCCCUGGUGGAUCGUGAUCGUCCACGGCCAACGACCCAGCGGUCAGGAGAGGCCUGGAUUGGGGCGUUCGGGCUCGGUUUGGGAAUCCAGACACUCAGGCGCCAGCAAUCUAUUCCCCUGGCAACGGAGCCAGGGGAAUGCCUGAGCUCUGUUUGCCCUCUUUCUGUCGCCCUGGAAACCCAAAUGGAAGCCCAGCUGUCCUUGAUCAGCAGGGCUUCCUUCCAACCACAGAGCAGCAAAGCAGUUACAAGUUGGGAGAAGACACCCAGGGGAGGGAGGGGGAAGGGGGUACUCUGUAGCCAUGGACACGCCAAUCUCAUCCCUGCAAACCCUGAUAGGCAGCUCUGACGGCCAAACACAGACCUCCUGUGUUGCUGAAUGGGACCCAUGCUUAUAAAUAGCCAUGGUCUCCCAGGCUGGGUUUCACUUUCUGCUAGCAGCGGAGUGGGACAGAGCUCUUGUUUGCCACUUGCUAGCCUUUGGGGAGAGAGACUGAGACAGUACAAUUGAGCUUGGCUUUGGUGGAUAGGGAUCUAUCUCCUCUGGUUCGCUGGGAACAGCUGGGCGCCCCUCUGCUGUGGCCUCCACAAUCCACGGUUCGGUUCGGGAAUGGGAGAUGUUCGUUGCUGUUCAGGAAUUUGGGAUCGUGGUCUGCACCGAACCACGAUCCUCUGGUUUGGUAAUUUUUUUUGUUCGUGCCCAUGUCUAGUUGCAGCUCUAAAUACCUAGUUGAACUGCCCCAUUUAUUUAAAU